GCGGGCGAGAGGGAGGGAAGAAGCGGGAGAGCCGGGAGAGCGGAGCAGGAGCUGCCUCAAAUGCUUGAAAUAAUUCCGCUUCCGUUCAGAGCCGGGAGCAGCCUCCCACGGCAUCGGGGCCUCGGACCCGUCUCUUCCAUCCCCGAGCACCGGCUGGGCCAUCAUGGCAACCUCCCCUCAGAAGUCCCCUUCUUCCCCCAAGUCCCCCACCCCUAAAUCUCCCCAGUCCAGAAAGAAAGAUGACUCCUUCCUCGGCAAGCUCGGAGGCACGCUGGCGAGGAGGAAAAAAGCCAAAGAAGUAUCUGAAUUACAGGAAGAAGGAAUAAAUGCCAUUAACUUACCUCUCAGUCCAAUUCCAUUUGAACUAGACCCUGAGGACACUAUGCUAGAGGAAAAUGAAGUCCGAACAAUGGUUGAUCCAAAUUCAAGAAAUGACCCAAAAUUACAAGAACUAAUGAAGGUAUUAAUUGACUGGAUUAAUGAUGUGUUGGUAGGAGAGAGGAUUAUUGUGAAAGACUUGGCUGAAGACCUGUAUGAUGGACAAGUAUUGCAGAAAUUAUUUGAAAAACUUGAAAGUGAGAAGCUGAACGUUGCUGAAGUUACUCAGUCUGAAAUCGCUCAGAAACAGAAGCUACAGACAGUACUUGAAAAGAUCAACGAAACCCUUAAACUGCCUCCAAGAAGCAUUAAAUGGAAUGUUGACUCUGUUCAUGCUAAAAGCCUCGUAGCAAUACUUCAUCUUCUGGUUGCAUUAUCACAGUAUUUUCGAGCACCAAUCCGACUCCCAGAUCAUGUGUCCAUUCAGGUGGUUGUUGUGCAGAAACGAGAAGGAAUCCUCCAGUCUCGACAAAUCCAAGAGGAAAUAACUGGUAACACUGAGGCAUUAUCAGGAAGGCAUGAAAGAGAUGCAUUUGACACUUUAUUUGACCAUGCUCCAGACAAGCUCAAUGUAGUGAAAAAGACUCUCAUCACCUUUGUGAACAAGCAUCUGAAUAAAUUGAAUUUGGAGGUCACUGAACUGGAGACUCAGUUUGCAGAUGGUGUGUACUUAGUCCUGCUAAUGGGUCUUCUAGAAGGCUAUUUUGUUCCUCUGCAUAGCUUUUUCUUGACUCCUGAUAGUUUUGAACAAAAGGUCCUCAAUGUAUCCUUCGCAUUUGAGCUAAUGCAAGAUGGUGGACUGGAAAAACCAAAGCCAAGACCAGAAGAUAUUGUAAAUUGUGACUUGAAGUCUACACUGAGAGUACUGUACAAUUUGUUUACCAAAUACAGGAACGUGGAGUGAAGAAUUGGUUUGGGUUGUGAAGGAGUGCUAACAAAGAAAACAUCAUAACUAGCAUAUCUUUCAUCAGUAUUCCUCUGCAUCUUUAUCUGAAAAGGAACUGAACCAUUUAUCUGAAGCAUUUUUAAUUGAUUAUCCAUGCACUACUAUUUUUAUAGUAGAUUUAAAAAUAAUAAGAAAAAAGGUUUGGAGGGAAGGUAUUUAAGUGUAUUCUGGGAGAAUUAAUGUCUUAGUAAUAACUGUCUCCACACUGUUUUGUAGUAGGUGGAGAAACAAUGGAAAAAAGAUAUGGUAACUUUAGUUCAAAUCAGCAUUUGAAUCAAAUCAUAGGAAGAUUCUGUACUGACUUGCUAUUUUAAUUCUUUUUCUGUAUGUAUUUUCUAGUCCAAUAUUUUCUAUCCAUGAUAAGACAGUUGCAUUCUAAUUAUGAGAAAUAUGCAUGGGGACAACCAGUUAAAAACUCUUGUUCAGAUCACAGCUAAAAAGAUACUUUUUCAAGCACUUAACCUGAUCGAUUUAUAUUUCCAGUACUAUUAGGCUUGAAUUUUAGGGGUGCAAACUGAAGUGGCUACUCAUUCCUUCAGACUUACUAUAACAUGAUGCUGUGCUUUAACUAUGUGUUAUUGAGCAUUCCACAUAAGCACGCUUUGCAGCUUGUCACUUGGUUUUGUUCAAGAGGUCUUUUGUACAAAGUACACAUUUCAGGAAAACACAUUAUGUAAUACCGUUUCUCUGUAAUAUUUGUAUUACUACAUAGUAUUAGAAAAUAAAAGAUGGUUUAUUUUUUAUUUAGUAGUUUAAACACAGGAUUAACAGGUUGUAAGUUUAGAUUUAUUGCUAAGUAGGAUUUAGAAUUUGUCCCUUUGUUUGAUUUUAUGAUGAAUGUAUUUCGCUGCAUAAUGUCUGACACAGAAAAAGUCAGGUUCAUUUUCUAGAAACAUUCCUGUAGCGUUUCAGUUACAAAAGCACUGCUUUUUGGUCAAAACUACUCCAAUCUGCAAAGACUCCAUUACAGUGUAAGUUUUUGGGGUCAUUUUUACACAGCUAGAAAGAAUAGUUUUGUCUAAUCAUGACCAAGUAUAAGCUGUUACCUGUUUAGUUUUAGCUUAAACAAAGACAGGAAAGAGAAAUGGGAGUUGAUUCUUGCCAUAGACAGAUACCAAGCACCAAUUACAUUUCCAUAAGAAGCUGAUGGAGACUGCCUGAAUCAUCAGAAACUGUGCUGGCAUAAGUUGAAGAGAAAUCAAUCGUUUGCUGGAAGUCUUGAUGUUAGAUACUCUAAGAAGUGAUCCAAUGCAACCACACAUUCUUGGGAUCCUGGGUUACACAGUAAGGAAGAAAAUCCUUAGGCAGUAAUUACUGGAUGACUGUUCAGAAAUGCUUGGACUGUUUGGGGCAGGAAGGAGACUUGUUAAUAGUCGUCCAAUUAUGACAACUGGUAUAGGUAAAAGGGAAAGCAGUCUGUCAGCCCUUGGGUCUGUUCAUCUGUAGAAAAGCAGUGCUGGCAAGAACAGCCAGUAACAUCUAUAUGUUACUUAUUAUAUAAAGCAUUGCAUAUUUUUCAAUUUUCCAGGGCUUUCCAGUCCAACAUUAGCAAAAAAGGAAGACAAGCUGUUAUGUUCUGUCUGUAAUCACAGAAUCAUAGAGUGGUUUGGGUUGGAAGAGACCUUAAAGCUCAUCUAGUUCCAACCCCCUGCCAUGGGCAGGAACACCUUCCACUAGACCAGAUUGCUCAAAGCUGCAUCCAUAAUAAAUACUCAUAAUGAACGCUAACAGAUAUUACAGAAGAUAUUCUUCUGAGAAGUAUAUGUCAACUUUAGCAAAGGAAAGUCAAUAUGUAGUUCAGAAGACAAUAUCUGAAUGUUCUCUGAACUCAGAAAUUGUUACCUGAUUGUUAUAAACUUUCUAAAUAUCUUUAUUAAAAUAUUUUGUUACCUCUGUAUUUUUAAAAGUUUCUGAAAUUAGAGGUACAAAAAAUUAACAAUUACUUGCCUUUUACAGAGGGAAAUAACUGGACAUUUUGACCUCCAUGAAAAUGAACAUGUUUUGAUUAGAUCUUUAAUACCUGAGAAAUUAAGCAAAACAAUAGGAAUCAAUCAACCAUUUUUUUUUAGCAAACUGAGACCAGCAGCAGUUUCAGCUUAUUUAAUGUACGUUUUUCAUUUGUGCACCUAGAUUGUAGUAAUUGUAAUAAUUAAAAACAUGUAUGAUGUUUUUUUCUGAUGAUCAUGCUCAAAUGAAACACUCUUUUACGUUUCAACAAUGCUAAAACAUUUUGAUUACCCUUGUUUUCAGGAGUGCACUUUCUUUAAAGAGGAGAUUUAUAUAUGUAAAGGAAAAAAGUUAGGAGCAAUGAAACUAUUUUUUGUCUGGACUUGAAAGUAAGUGUUCCUGUGCUAUACUGAUAUAAUGUUUUAGAGAUUUUGAAGUCUACCAGGCUCUGUUUUCUAUCCUUAAAAAACGUAAAAAUGAGACAAAAUGAUAGAAUCCUCAUGCUGAAAUGUAAUUAUGCAGAAUCAUAGAAACAAAUAUUAUCGAAGCUUUACACAGUUAUCCUAUGGUAAGAAUUUAUGUAAAUUAAAAUCUACUGUAUAAACAAGUGUGUCUUAUGUAAAUAUAGACCCAUGUGAUAGUUUUAACACAUUCACACAUAUAGUAUAUGCUGCCAUGUAGGAGUGGGUCACUGCUUAUAUUUUUGACAAUGUAGAUUUAAAUAGCUAUCAGAUAAAUAUGAAAUCUAAUAUACAGAUUAUAUCUAAUAUUUAUUGCUUUGAUACAGAAUAUUAUAGAAAUAUACAAUACUACUACAGACAGUUUGCCCUUCAGCAAUCAGUGUAGGCCAUCACCUUCUUCCUUCAGGGAAGUGAAAUGUUAAAUUAGCUGGGCCAAAUUCUGGUGGUGCCUGUGAUGCUUUUAUUCUUGAUAUAGAGCAGGUGUACUGAUGUACAGCUGAAUGCAGAACUUUCCUCACUCUUUAUAUGAAAAUAGAAGUUGUUUAA